CUCGGCGCUGUUCCGGGACCUGGGGGACAGCUAUCACCGUCGGGGGACUUAAGGCCGAGAGCGCAUGCGCAUAGAAGGGGGCGGAGGAGAGCAGUUGCUGGCUGCGUAGGUUUCUCCCUGGUGCAGCUUCGCCGGAGGGUCUCCGUGCCGCCUGGGAGCCGGAGGCGUCGGGUGUGGUCUUGUCUGGCCUUUUCUCUUUAUCCUUCCACUGGAUCUUCUUCUUUUUAGACUUUAUAGCUGCACAGUCAAAGCUUGACAACCAUGGAGCAGUAUCCUGAUCUGCAGGAAGACUUGAGUUUGGAAGAUACCAAUGAAUCUCUUAAUCAGCUCAAGCUGGCUUCUCUAGAUGAUAAGAACUGGCCACCAGAUGAAGUUCCUGUUUUUCCGAAAUCAGAUGACAUGAAGGGUUCUCCUGACUCUGUAACUCACUUACGGUGGGAUGACCCAUACUAUGACAUCGCUAGGCACCAGAUUGUGGAAGUAGCCGGGCAGGGUGCACUUCAUGGGGCCCAGCCAGGUGAUGACAAGUAUGGGCGGAAAGUUAUUCUGUUCAGUGCCUGUCGGAUGCCUCCUAGCUAUCAGCUUGAUCACGUGAAACUUCUGAGUUAUUUGAAGUAUACAUUGGACCAGUAUGUGGAGAGUGACUACACCUUAGUGUAUCUGCAUCAUGGCCUGACUAGUGAGAACAAGCCCUCCCUGAGCUGGCUACGGGAUGCCUAUCGGGAAUUUGAUCGCAAGUACAAAAAGAAUAUCAAAGCAUUGUACAUUGUGCACCCAACCAUGUUCAUCAAGACACUGCUGAUUCUCUUCAAGCCUCUGAUCAGCUUUAAGUUUGGACGUAAGAUUUUCUAUGCAAACUACCUGAGUGACUUGGAGGAACAUGUGAAGUUGGAACAGUUGGGGAUCCCAAGCCAGGUGCUAAAGUAUGAUGAAUAUCUGCGAUCAUUGCAAAAACCCUCCCAAGUGCCUCAGAAAGUAACACCACCCCGCCCACCAUUGCCAAACCAACAGUUUGGAGUUUCUCUCCAGCACUUAAGGGAGAAGAGCCCAGACCAGAAUCCCAUACCUCUGGUGGUCAAGGAAACCAUUGCCUAUCUGCAGGAGCAUGCUCUUACCACACAGGGGAUUUUCCGUCGAUCAGCAAACACACAAACAGUCAGAGAGGUUCAGCAGAAGUAUAAUAUGGGGCUGCCUGUGGAUUUCCUGCAGUACGAAGAUGUACAUCUUCCUGCUGUGAUUCUCAAAACCUUCUUACGGGACCUUCCUGAACCUCUCCUCACUUUUGGCCUCUACAGUGAUGUUGUCAAUUUCUACAGUGUAGAGGAGGGAAAACGUGUGGAUGUUGUUCGCAAAACACUCCAGACUCUGCCAGAAGAAAACUACCAAAUCUUGUGUGUGUUGAUGGCGUUCCUUGGGCAGGUCUCUGCUAACAGUGACAUCAACAAGAUGACCAAUGCUAACCUAGCAGUAGUUUUUGGUCCAAACCUCUUGUGGGCCAAGGAUGCAGCUAUUACUCUCAAAGCCAUCAAUCCUAUCAACACCUUCACUAAGUUCCUACUGGACAAUGAGAGGCAGCUUUUCCAGAACCUGGAGGCUUGAUCCAAAGUCUGUUGGGGCUACCGCACCUUUUGUGUCCACUGUGACCAUCUCUUUUCCUCUCGUCCCCCUUUUUCUUUCUACCUUGUCUUGGAGCCGUGGCCGAGUCUGGGAAAACUCCAGAUGAUGAGCAAAGUGAAGGAGGGCUUUUCUGUGUGUAUGAGGAAGAAUGAAGGGUUUGUGCAUAUGCAUGAUUAAGUGGGGUGUAGGAAGCAGGCCUCCCAUCUCUAGAUAUCCAAGUUCUGCCUUGGCUCUUCUAUCUGAGAUGCUAGUAACCAGACUGCUCUCGAAUACUACAGUGCCCUUCUCUUUCUAAGUUGUUUCCAUGAAAUGUCUCUCCUAGGACUCCAGCAGAUGUCUCACCUACUGGUGCCUGUGUGGUCUAGUCUAAUAUAAUUUGCUGCAGUGGCCCUGCCAGGGCAGAUAUUUCAAUUCUUUUCCUCUGGCCCAUGUUGCUUCUCCACAUGUACCCAAAUCACACAGUCCUGAGCAUCCUUCUGUUGAAACCAAGUGACUGCAGCUGAGGAGAACCAGUCUUUGACUCUUGAUGGAAAAAUGAACUCAAUGAGCUCAAAAAUGAACUCAAUGUCCUAGGGCCAUAAGAGAAGAUUGUACUGUUUCUGGGAAUGCCCAUUUUUCUUACUAGUACUUAUAUUGCUAUUUGUACAUUUCCAGGCGUUCUGGCACUUGCUGUAGAAUUUCCCUAUCUUUAUAUAGUUGACCUCUGAUAUUAUGGAGCUCACUUACUUCACUGUCUUUACCAUUCUGCAGAAACCAUCUCUGCCAGCAGAGUUUUUCUUUUAAACUGACCUUGCCAGUAAGCCCUUCUUUUAUAAUAUGUUUAAGCUGGGGUUGUUUCCCUGCCCCCAAGUCUAUAUAGAUUAUACAGAUGCUGUCUGCCCAGGUGGCAUUAUCUCCCCAAACUGCCGUAGCCCAGAAUCAAGCUGCCAAAGUUACAUUCCUGUUAUUAAAGCACAGGCACUGCACACUGGGAGGCAUCUGUGUCCCUGGCUACAGCUGUCUAUCCAUUUGGAAUGGAGCAUUCUUCAACAAAAGGUUGAUCUCUGAAGCCAAACCACGAGCAGGAACUACUCUGCCCUGUAUUCUGGUGUUUCUUGUGCCAAUGUUUUGAUGGGCAUUAAGUUAUUCACAUUUCAUAACAUCUGUCUUCAUGUCCUUGUUGGGCUCAUAGUUUUUCUAACAUUUGCCGACUUGGUGUGUUUGAUACAUGGAGAUAUGGAGUAUUGCUGUCACUUUCCUAAACUGAAUAGAGUUCAUGUCACUGUGUAGUGUGGUUACGUUCUUGCCCAUGUGAAUUGUUCCUCUUUUCAGACCAGGAUGCUGUGUCAGUCUGGACUUUGAACCAGGCUCAGCCAUUAUCACAGAUUUUCUAAACCAGUUUUUUAAAAAAUUGAAUAGCAGUUCCCUAUCUGACAUGAAGCCAACUUUGCUUUUACAUAAGAUUUUAAGGUCACUAUUUCCAUGAUAUAUUUCUGUGAACUGUCUUUGUCUACAGGAAGUUUGUAAACUGACCUGGUAAAAUAGUAGGAUUACUGUUCACAGAAAAAGUCAGCAAUUAUAUUAUGGUUAUUUAGAACCAGGGGUUUCCAUUACCACUUUAGAUUAUAGGGAGCACAGCAAGCAACUGUUUUGUAAAUGCAAAAUUGGCUCCUGUUUAAACCUGAAUGAAAGCCUUUGCUGUGGUCUUAGUUGACAAAUGAAUACCAACAAGUAUGCGAAGAUUAUCAUUAAAUGUAGCUCCACCACAUCCAGUGAAUUGACUCUUCACAUUAGUAUGGCAGUUAUUGGAAUCCUUCCAAUUUUUAUCAAAGAUGAUAAACCAAGUGGGACUACUUUGAAGUGAUAAACCUGAUAGUCCCACUUCAGUACUCUUACCUUCUGAUGUGUUCUUCACAAAAGUUAGAAUGGUUACAUGAGGAAUAGUCUGUUAAUAAAGCUUCAUUCUCUUCCCAUUUUAAAAUUCUAUAUGGGCCCAUUGUGGUGCUUUGCUGGUUGUUGCUGUCUCAUAUGUCCUUUGUGGUGGAUCACUGGAAGCACCAAUGUGCUGAUUUCAAGCUGCAGCACUUCUAGUUUCCUUAGGAAAAGCAGCUAUUCUCCAUAGAAACACUAGUCACAAAAAAAUAAAGGCCCUGAUAUAUGAGGGCCUAGGGCUGCUGGUUCAGCCACAGCAUUCUAACACUUUAAAAAUUCUGAAGCCAGACAGGGAGUAAAGAAUGUUUGGGUAAGGAUUGCCCAUUGAUGAACAAUUUCACUUUUUAUAAAUUCUGUCAUACACUUAAGUAUGAUUUCCCCUUCCUGUCCCAUUGCAGAAAUCUGUUUCUAGGUACUGCACAUAAUGCACUCAUAAAAUCCUCAAAGUGAGUCACUGUAAAUAGCUGUUACUUUUCUCACUUUGCUGGCGCUGCCAGGAAGUCUACAGCACAUGAUUACUUGUCCCAUUCUCUCUCUCCCCACACAACUAAUUUUAUCUUUUCCACCCUGUGGAACUGUGUAUUGUGCUUGACUGUAUUAAUGAUGUCUGGCAUUCCUUUUUACUAUCUGAUGGCUGCCUUGUCUGCUAUUGGUAUUAGUGUGAUAGAUAUCCAAGCAGGCAAUUCAGAUUACUAGAGGACUAUCAUAGGUCCAGGUAUAUCUUUUCCUUCUCUAAUAGAAGCUGAAAGCUGGCUCAAUUGCAGUGGCUAACACAUUCUGUCCUGUGUCCCCAGUGGUACACCUGCUUGGUUCUCCCUUACUGCUUGCCUUCAGCAUUAGGUAUUAUUGACCACAGUGCUUCUCUGGAUGGAGUACUUCCAUCUCCGCCAUACCCCUUGCUUGCCUGAUAAAACCUAUUGGUGUCCUUCAGAGCCCUCACCUCUACUAAUUCUGUCUGUAAUGAAGACAGGUUUUGAGUGAUGCACCUGAUGAUGAGACCAAAUGGAUGCCUUAAGGCAACCUGUCACUUUGUUGACUCAGCAGAGGUCUUUCAUGGCCAAAUGGCCUCUGGUUGCUUGCUUGAUCACUGGGGCCCUCAUGCACAGUUUACAGCUUUGCUUUUUGUUGAUGAUAUCCCCUGCAUUUUUCAUUCUCAUGAUUGAUGUUUAUUGGAAGCAGGGCUGAGGUUUUUACUGUGACAUUAUUUUACACACCCAUGUUUAUUUCCUUCUAAUGGCACCAAUCUUGUAUUUCAGUUUGCACUUUUUGUACUUCAAUAAAAACCCAAUGCCAAUAUAA